GUAACACUGCUGAUGCUACGUUCCGUUCCCCCUUGAAUCCAAAGCUGUGAACAGAUGCUUGGAGAAUGGGGAGAGGUGUGGUGGCUUAUUUUGGCCCCAGUGAGUUGUUCUCUGGCCUGUGCCACACGGACACCCUUGACCCGUUCCCAGUGUGGCGGGAUGGAGCCAUCAGCCCCUGUUUUAACCAGCUGGUUCUGGGAGCCCUGGCUCACGCUGUAGUGGCCGUCUUCAGUGCCAUCUACCUGAGUGCUCAGAGAUGCAGCCUCCUCCGGUCCUCUCCCCCGUGUGGUUGGGGCCUCAGGGUGGCCUCAGCCCUGCUGGUGACCCUGCUCUUCCUGGUGGACUUGGUCCUGGUGGUCCUCCUCCACCGGGGGGACAUGUACCUGGAUGUCCUGGCUGAUGGAUGUGCCAUCCUGGCAUGGCUGGUCCACUUUGGGGCCCUGCUUGUCCUCCAGAGGUCCAUCUAUAGAAGAACCAGGGGUCCCUCUGUGUUACUACUGCUGGUCCUGUUGCCUAUCCCUAACCUGGUGGUCACCCUGCUGGCUUACGCCCAUGAGGCCACCUACCUGGACCUGGCGGAGCCCUUUAGAGUGGCACGGCUGGUGCUCGCAGUCACCCGGGGACUCUCUCUCCUUGUCUACCUCCUGGCCUUCGCUGCUCCCUGUGUCGGUGAAGGGAGUUACACCUCCAUGUCCGUCAAUGACGCAGACAGCUCUCUCCUCAUCCCAGAGAGUUCCUACCAGGACACGGGAGAGGUGGUGGCAGAGGAUGGCAGUAGCAUCAUCUCCCGCCUGAUGUACCUGUGGUUGAACCCUCUACUGAAGCGCGGCCGGCGUGGGGAGCUGGAGAGGCCAUGCAAUGUCUAUCUCCUUCCCCGGAGGCUCCGCACCAGUGCAGUGCGCCGACACUUCCUCCGCUGCUGGGAGGACUGCCAACAGAGGGCAGCAACACAGAGAAGGAACACUACAACCAGGCCUGCAAACAAGAGCCUACAGAACAGAACAUGGACUUCACCCCUCCAGGAGGGUAUAGCAGUGGAGGAGGUAGGACUGUUAAAAGUGUUGCACAAAGCCUUCGGGCUACGCUACUACCUGCUUGGUGUGCUGAAGCUAGCGGGCAACAUGCUGAGCUUCGCAGGACCCCUGCUCCUCAGCAGCCUGGUGCACUACAUGGAAGAGGAGGGGGCCCCCGUCAGCCAGGGGGCCUGGUGUGCCACGGGCCUCUUCUUCAGCACCUUCUUCUCCGCCCUCAUCCGGAACAUCUUUUCCUUCGAAGUCUCGAAGGUCUCACUCUCAGCGCGCGCCGCCCUCAUCUCAGCCAUCUACGGGAAAGCACCGCAGGUCAGCGGCGGCAGCCUGGCAGCGCGGUUCACCCUGGGCGAGGUGGUCAACUUCAUGAGCACGGACACGGACCACGUGAUCAACUUCUUCAACAAUUUCCACGAGGUGUGGAGUCUGCCCUUCCAGUUCUCCAUUGCCCUCUACCUGCUCUACCUGCAGGUGGGUGUGGCCUUCCUAGGAGGACUGGGUGUGGCUCUGCUGCUGGUGCCGCUCAAUAAGGUGCUGGCCUCGAAGAUCAUGGAGAAUAACAAGCACAUGCUCACACAUAAGGAUAGUCGUGUCAAGCUAAUGACAGAGGUCCUCUUUGGAAUACGAGUCAUCAAGUUCUACAACUGGGAGGCCUACUUUGCCCAGAAGAUAGCAGAUUUUCGGAGGCAAGAGCUGUCCCACCUCAAGGCCAUUAAGUACCUGGAUGCUGUGUGCGUGUACACCUGGGGAUCUCUACCCAUAGUCAUAUCUAUUAUCACCUUUGUCACAUACGUGCUGCUCGGCCAUGAGCUCACUGCAGCCACGGUGUUCACCACUCUGGCCCUAGUGGGCAUGCUGAUCGUCCCCCUCAACAGCUUCCCCUGGGUCCUCAACGGCAUCCUGGAGGCCAAGGUGUCCCUGGACCGCAUCCAACGCUUCCUCAAGCUUCCCAACCAGGAACUCGAUGCAUAUUUCAGUCUCGUGGCCCCUGAGGACCCCCAGGACACCAUUGUGAUGAGUCAGGGCAUAUUCUCAUGGCAGGGGCCUGGGGGGCCAGACCACCCCACAAGCUCUGAUACUGAAUCCCCCAAAGGAAGUCUGAUGCUCCAUAGCCUCAACCUAUCCAUCACUAAGGGAUCCCUAGUUGUUGUGGUGGGCAAGGUGGGCUGUGGGAAGAGCUCCUUACUGGCAGCCAUCACUGGAGAACUCAACCGGCGUGGAGGUGAUGUAUACGUCCAGGGCAGGGAGGAUGGGUUUGGUCUAGCCGCUCAGGAGCCGUGGAUCCAGCAUGCAACAGUUCGGGACAACAUCCUGUUUGGCAAGGACUACAACAGUUCUUUCUACCAGGCCGUGGUGGAGGCCUGUGCGCUCACGGACGACCUCAAUAUUUUGCCUAAUGGGGACAGGACCGAGGUGGGAGAGAACGGAGUGACUCUGAGUGGAGGACAGAAAGCUCGCCUGGCCUUGGCCAGAGCUGUUUACAUGGAGAAAGACAUUUUCCUCCUGGACGAUCCACUGGCAGCAGUAGACUCUGACGUGGCCCAUCACCUCAUGAAGAGAUGCAUCAUGGGGAUCCUCAGGAGCAAGACCAGAAUCCUAUGCACCCACCGCAUAGAGUUUGUGGACAAAGCUGAUGUGGUGAUUCUCAUGGACAAUGGAACAAUUAUUAAAACGGGUACACCUGAAGAGGUCCUUCCUUUGGUAGAAGCAGUGCCCAAGAACCGGAAGAAUGACAGUAAUGCAAAGGAGAAAAAUGUCAUUGAGCGAGAGGAGAAGCAGGGUCCAUCCAAUGAGCUGUUUGCGGGGGAGGAGUCUACACUAUCAAGGGAGGAGCAGAAGGGUGUGGGUGGGCUGGCCUGGAAGGUUUACCACACCUACUGGAGAGCGGUAGGAGGGUCCUUGGCUGUCUCCAUCUUGCUGUCCCUACUCCUCAUGCAAGCCUCUAAGAAUGUGUCUGACUGGUGGCUGUCCCACUGGAUCUCUAACCUGAAGAACAAUGGUUCCGCCCAGAGUGUUCUCAUGCCUGCCUACAGCUCACCACACCUGCUGCUAUUCUCUCCUGGAGGACUAAUGGUCGGACAGCUGAGCAGACAAAAACAGCACAAGUUUCCCCCAGCACGAGUAUAUAUACCCCAAUUAGGGUUCCCUGUCAAUAUUAUGGAAACGACAGCUUUCGCCAACAUGAGCUCGGAGGUGAAGUUCUAUCUGACAGUUUACUCUUCCAUUGCGGGUGCCAACACGGUCUUCACCGCCUUCCGAGCCUUCCUCUUCGCCUUUGGAGGCAUCCGUGCAGCAUCGGUCGUCCACAACAGGCUGCUUGACACAGUCCUCAAGGCUACAGUUACCUUCUUCGACAGUACACCGCUGGGCCGUGUCCUUAACCGCUUCUCCUCCGACCUGUACAGCGUGGAUGACACUCUCCCUUUCUUCCUCAACAUCCUGCUGGCUAGCAUCUUCGGCCUGCUGGGCAUGUUGGUAGUGAUGAGCUACGGCCUGCCCUGGUUCCUAGUGGCCCUGCUUCCCCUGGGCCUGCUCUACUACCUCACACAGCGCUUCUACCGACACACAUCCAGAGACCUGAAGUGUCUGUGCAGCCUCACCCUCUCGCCGGUGUAUUCACAUUUCUCUGAGACGCUGAGUGGCCUCGGUACCAUCCGAGCAAGUUCCAGUGCCUCCAGAUUUGAGGAGGAGAACGAGAGGCGUCUGGAGCAGAACCAGCGCUGUCUGUUCCUUAGCAACGCCGCCAUGCAGUGGCUGGACAUCCGCCUGCAGAUGAUCGGCGUUGUCGUGGUGACGGGCAUCAGCGUGAUCGCCGUCGUCCAGCACCAGUUCAAAUCCAUUGACCCGGGUCUGGUGGGUCUGUCCCUGUCCUAUGCUCUGUCCAUCACAGGCCUGCUGUCAGGCCUCAUCUUCAACUUUACCCAGACAGAGAUGCAGCUGGUGAGUGUGGAGCGCACCGAGGAGUACUCCACCACCCUGCCCACUGAGCCACAACACAGCAACCCACAGGUGCCCACCUCGUGGCCGGAGCAGGGUUGGGUGGAGUUCCGUGGGGCCGUGCUGUCCUACAGAGAGGGGCUGCCCAACGCCCUGGACGGGGUGAGCCUGGUGGUCCGGCCUGGGGAGAAGGUGGGGGUGGUAGGCCGGACGGGCUCAGGCAAGUCGACCCUGUUCCUGGCCCUCUUCCGCAUGGUGGAGCUGAACCAGGGUCAGAUCUUACUGGAUGGAGUGGACACCAGCCAUGUGGGACUGGCCCAGCUCAGGUCCAAACUGGCCAUCAUCCCCCAGGACCCUUUCCUGUUCAGCGGGACAGUGAGAGAGAACCUGGACCCAUGUGGACGUCACCCUGACCCCCGGCUACUGGAGGCCCUGGAACACUGUCACCUCAGCCCUGUCAUCAACCGCAUCGGUGGUCUAGGUGCUGAGGUGGGAGAGCGGGGCAAGUCUCUCUCUCUGGGACAGAGACAGCUGCUGUGUCUGGCCAGGGCUCUGCUGACUGAAGCUAAUAUUCUGUGCAUUGACGAAGCUACAGCCAGCGUUGACCAAAAGACUGACAAACUGCUACAGCAGACAAUCAGAGAGAAGUUUCAAGACAAGACCGUCCUCACCAUUGCCCAUAGAAUCAACACCAUCAUGGACUCAGACAGGGUGCUGGUGAUGCAUUCUGGGAAGGUGGUGGAGUUUGAUACCCCUGCUGAUCUGUGCCAAAGAGAUGACUCCAUUUUCUGCAAGCUGGUUGGUGGGAGGGGAGAGUGAGAAGAGAAGCUAUCAGAGGACUAAUGACAAUGGUAAAUGUCAAUGGGGAUCUCUCUCUGUUUCCCCACAGGAGGCCAGUGGUGGACCAACCAACGUCCAACGUCCAACGUCCAAUGGAGGUGGUAGAAGUUGGCACUAUAAUAAUUACUGGUCCAGGGUCAGAUUAUAUAUUUUUUUAUCCCCAUGAUCGUUAAGGUUAGGAUUUGGUGUAGGGUAAUUUGAUCCUAGAUCUGUAGUUAAGGGCGGCGACUUCUGCCUUGAGGCCCACCGACUGACAUUUGACCUCAGAGAGUAAGGUCUGAAUAGUCCAACCCGAGCGAGAUUAUUCUUUUACUACAUUUUAGGGUGUCAGGUUAAUUUUCUAACCUGGGCGUCAUGUGGAAUUUCUCUGCUUUUUAUUCAUGAAACACGUUAAUGUGGUACGAAAGAACUGUCGAUGUGUCAAUGGCACAGAGGUAAUGAAGAAACAAUGAAAAAGUACUUGAAUUGCUUUUGUAUGAAGUGAGUAUUUUAUAGCACUAUAAUGAUUUGGACUGAAAAGUUGUCAUCCUAGACAAGUCAGUCAUUCACUUUGCAGCAUCGUCAAUCAUUUAUGAAUGUCUGAGAUUCCUUUUGCACCUGGUCUGUUGACAGAAUGAUCUGUAUAGCUAGAGUGCACAAUAAUGGACAUUCUUCACAUAGAUAAAACACAUGUUUACACACUGUUUUCUGUACGGACAUGCUACAGACGAAUAUCAUUUGUGAUAAAUAAAGACAAUUUAAAGUUGCUAUUUCUCUAUUUGUUUACCAUUCUCACAGAGCACAUUUGUUUGGAAUACAGUAUUGUUACGUCUGAGGAUUUCAAGCCAUUCUGUAGCAGAACUACUGUAUAUCAGUCAUUUGAGAAUGUUUCUGUUUUGUAAUAUACUGAAAGAGAGAACAUCUCAGGGAGAAUCGCCUUUACAUGCAGUGUUUUCAGUAGUGGUCAGUACUCUCAUGUACAGUAAUAUGAAGGUGUAACAUUUUCAAAAUAAAAUGGCUGCACUGGU